CUCUCUCUCUGGAUGUAUGUAUGUAUGUGUACAGAGUCAAAAGCUUAUAAAACCCCACUUCAAGUCCUGAAAAGUCCAGCCUUGAUAGAUGUUCUCAUUUACAUACACCAAUUCAAGAUUGCAACUUCUAUUCUAUUUCUACUAGUCUACUAGCUACUAACAGUAAUCAACCCCCGAAAGAAACACAGAAAUAGAAAGAAAAUAAAGAAACCUCAAUUCAAGAAAAAAGUAGUUAGGUCUGUGGUCGAUUAUGGGAAGGUCUCCUUGCUGUGAGAAAGCUCACACCAACAAGGGCGCUUGGACUAAAGAAGAAGACGAAAGGCUUAUAGCUUACAUCAGAGCCCACGGCGAAGGUUGCUGGCGCUCCCUCCCCAAGGCCGCCGGACUCCUCCGCUGCGGCAAGAGCUGCCGCCUCCGCUGGAUCAACUACUUGCGCCCUGACCUCAAGCGCGGAAACUUCACCGAGGAAGAAGAUGAGCUUAUUAUCAAACUUCACAGCCUCCUAGGCAACAAGUGGUCUCUUAUAGCUGGAAGAUUACCGGGAAGAACGGAUAAUGAGAUAAAGAAUUAUUGGAAUACCCACAUAAGAAGGAAACUGCUGAGCCGGGGAAUUGAUCCGACUACUCACCGCCCCAUGGACGAUCCCAAGGAAAAAGUGACAACCAUUUCUUUUGGUCCCGCACAAGAAGAAGAAGACGUCGACGAUGAGAAGAAGAAGAUGAUCCCUCAAGAUUCUCUUCCAACGACAACGACAGUAAAACAAGAAUAUUCCACGAGCCCGGUACGCCGUGAACGCUGCCCGGACUUAAACCUGGAGCUCAGAAUCAGCCCCCCUUACCAGCCAAACAAUCAACAACCGCCAUUAACGUUCACUGCCGGAUCAGCUCCGGGGAGCCUAGUCAACGUUGACAACACCACCGUAGUAUGUUUUGCAUGCAGUUUGGGAAUACAGAACAGUAAAGACUGUACCUGCACCACCAACGGAAAUGGAUGUUACGCCACCGGAAGCGCCACCGCAAACGCCAUAACCAGUAUCGCCGCAGGCUACGAUUUUCUAGGGUUAAGAAACAACGCCCUUUUGGACUACAGAAACUUGGAGAUGAUGAACUGAUCGAUAAUAUACUACAGACUACUCUUUUUUUUUUUUUUUUGGGUCCUUUAAUUUCUGAUUUUAUUGUCAAUUAUUAAGAUAAGAUAGAUACAAGAAAUGGCAAGAGAGAAGUGAGAAAGAGAGCUGUACGUAUUAAUCUAAAAUCGAUCUUUCCGAUCAUUCUCGAUCUCCAUCUGUAAAAUGACCAGACUUUUAAUGAAUAGCAGUAAUUUUACAACA